AUGCUGCCGUCCUUCAGUUACCUCACCAGCCACCCUGGCUUCCGCGGCACCAUCAAAAACUCACCGAGUGAUUUCGUCGUGACAGAAAUCGAGAUGCCCGAACACUUGCUUAGGGAUACCCGGCCCGAAUCGCUUGAUAAAACCAGCGAAGCGCUGCUGGAACAAAGUAGCUGGUGCCUGGAGCCGCCCAAAAAGCUGAGAACGGAGCCUCCUGGCCCAUGUGGCGCGCCCGGGCCUUCAGAGUGUGACCCGAGCCGGGCAGGCCGAGACCUUGCUGCAUCCCCUAAACAAAACCAGCAGGAGGGUGAACCUGAACUGAAAAGUGACCUUGAGGAAGCCAGCGUGUUGGAUUCCUUGCUAGGCAAACCCAUGAGUGAACUGCUUAAUAAAUUUGCGUGUGAUCUGAAGGACGCGUGGGGCUUGGAGAGUAACGCUGAUGCUGGCACUGGGGAGUUCUCGCUGGGUCCUGUACUGGGCAAGAAAAAUCGAGCUGAUUUGCACAGUGCUGUUAGGCAGAAAUUCCCCUUUCUAGUCACUGUAACGAAAGACAACGAAAUGAUUGUAAAAGGAAAUGCUGAUUACAGAGAACUUUGCCGUUUAGUGACUGAAAAGGAAACAAGUGCUUUCUUUAAAUUUUUAGAUGCAAAGCUAGAAAAGUCUACAUUUUCCUUUGAGCCUGAUGGAAACAAAGAGCACAGAAAAACAGUUCACCACUUUAUCAACAGAAAGUUUGGAAAACUUUUAGAAACCAAGUCUUUUGCUGUGACAAAUGUCAACGAUCAGCAAAAUAUGUCCAUAAUGGUACGAUUUCGAGAAAAAAGUUCGUCCAGAAAAAGGCCUGCUUGUGGUUUCCAGGAAAAACAAGAUCUUUAUACAGCUUUCACCCUUCAGAAAGAAAAUCUAGAAACACUAGAAGCAAUCAGCUUCUUGGCUGCUGAACUUGGUGUUCUCCCGUCAGACUUCAGUUACACUGGCAUCAAAGACAAGAAGGCUAUUACUUACCAGCCUAUGGUUGUGAAGAAGGUGACUCCUGAGAGGUUGAAAGAAAUUGGAAGCAAAAUGGAAAAAAAGGGCAUGAAAAUACACAACGUACAUUCGACAUGCCAGCACCUUAGACUUGGUCAGCUGAAGGGCAAUCACUUUGAUAUACUUGUGAGAGAUCUCAAACACCAUAGUCAUGACUCGUCUGCAGAUUUGAAAGAGAGAAUAUCUGAAGCAAUGGAAAAUGUUAAGACAAAAGGAUUUGUAAAUUACUACGGACCUCAGCGAUUUGGACAAGGACAAAGUGUUCAGACAGAUCAAAUAGGAUUGGCUUUACUAAAUGAAGAAAUGGUGAAAGCUGUGAAAUUAUUUUUCACACCCGAAGAUACUGAUGACCCUGUAAACAACGCAAAAAGAUAUUUUCUUCAAACUGAAGAUGCAAAGGGUGCACUUGUGAUGCUACCAGAAUUUAAAGUGAGAGAGAAGAUGUUGCUACGAGCUUUAAAUCGCUAUGGUGUAAAUCAUGAAGGUUGUACCAAAGGAUGGCUCAAUAUCCCCCAUUCCAUGCGCAUAUUCUAUGUCCAUGCUUAUUGCAGCAAAAUUUGGAAUGAAGCAGCAUCGUACAGGCUGAAGAUUUAUGGUUCAAAAGUUGUUGAGGGUGAUCUUGUCUUCUCAGAAGAAAACCAUGAAAGUAUUUCUCUGAAUGACAAGGUUCAUGUAGUCACUGCUCCAGAAGAGGCGUCUAACAAGUACUCUAUAAACCAAGUGGUUCUUCCAAUGGUGGGACAUAGUAUCAAGUAUCCAAACAAUAAAGUUGGGCAAUGGUACCAUGAAAGACUUUCUAAGGAUGAUCUACAGAUGUGUAAAUUCAGAGUAUCUCCAUUACAGCUGAAUAUACCUGGAUGCUACAGACCCAUUUUGAAAAAUGUUCAGAACCUGUCGUAUUUUUUGGAAGGUAGUGAAAACAGAACUGAAAUUGAAGACAACCAUCUGAGUGAAUCAAAAGUCUCUCUUCAUAUAUCAUUUGACCUUGAUUCCUCAUGUUAUGCAACAGUCUGUCUGAGAGAAAUAAUGAAAUGUGACUUUUAA